AUGGUCCCAGCGCCCCGUCGCUGUCUGCGAUGCGCCCGAUCAUCCGUUCAGUGUGACGGGAAAUCCCCUUGUCUACGGUGCCAUAACGCUCGUCUUCCCUGUCGAUUUGAGGAUAACCCGCCCGAGACCCGAGAAGCAUGCUCCGACCUACCUUACCGAUCGGAGUCAACUUCAGCCUCCCCAGCAUCGCCGGCGUCUCACCAAGCACGAUCAUCGAGCCAGGAGCUAUUAUGGAUCUCCCGCGAAGGCCGAAGUGACGCGCGCUACUUGACCUACUCACCCAGCAACGAAAAUGUAACUCCCUCGCUUGUCGCCAAGGCUGCUGCUGCGGGGCAGAUUCAAUUAUACAUCAACUUUGUGCUCGACGCGUAUCCGUGCUACUUCAAAGCUACUGAGACCCGAGUACCUGUCAAUUGGGUGGAAUAUGUCGCCUCGAGAGAGAGCGGCGACACGCCAUUCGACCUGGCCGUCCGCAGCUUAACCACCAUGUAUGCUGGCAGUCGACAUAAUGACCCUUCCUACUCCGACGCAGGUCGAGAAUUUUAUAUCCGUGCGAUGCGCGGCCUUUCGAAACUGUUAAACGAUGAGACCAAGGCAAAAUCGGACGAAGCAUUAGCUACCGCCAUAAGUCUCGCGGUCUAUGAGAUGCACUGUUCCACCACAUCGGAUGGAUGGAUCCAUCAUGCUGCAGGUAUCCGAGCAUUGAUGCGGCUUCGAGGGCCCAGGACACACUACAACGGGUUUGGCUGCGCAUUGUACAUUGCAUAUCGCAAUACUCUCGUCACUUCCGCGCUAGUCACUGGCGAGGAUUGUUUCUUGGAGGAACCCGAGUGGCAGGCUCUCAACGAGCAUAUUGCCGCAGAAAAUGCAAAGCAACCAGAUUCAUCUGUCUAUACGGAUAUCACCGAGCGCGCAUUCCGCGAAGUCGUCAAGCUUCCGGGAUUUGUGAGGCGAAUGCGUGAAAUUCAAGGUCUGCCCCUAAACGUGCAGAAACGCAUUCAUACUGAGUUCAGCAUGACCGCCUCAACUCUUCGGGCGGGCCGUGAACCGAAGACCGGUUUCAUCGGGCCCAUCCCACACCAUUUCUUCGACGGAUUCUCAGCCCUGACGAUGCAAGGUAUUCGGUCGAGUAUCCUCCUUCUCAACUACAUCAUCAUUCUCCUUGAUCCAUCACAGCGGCCAGACGCAGAAGCCGAGAACCGGAUCAUCGCAGAUCGAAUGCGAGCUGCGAGGUGUCCUCAGUCUGCCGAGAGCCACGACGGGUCUACUUCUCCUCUAACACCCCCAGGGUCACCGGGACGUCCUCAUUUGAUGAUCGAGUCCCGAGUGACUCCUGAAACACGCCAACCUCCAACUACCGACUGGAUGGAUCGCAUCGCCACGACCAUGGGGAUGGAAGGUGUGCGAAUUAGUCUCGUCGAUGACGGUUAG